AUGAAAGCCUGGGCAGUUAUUACAGGAGCUGGCACAGGUAUUGGAUCAGCAUUAACAAAAGAAUUGUCAUCGCUUGAUGUUAAUGUACUUGCUAUUGGACGCAGAUACGAACAAUUAGAGUGCACCAGGAAUUCAUCUUCUAGACCACAUAAUAUCAAAGUUUUACCAGUUGAUAUAGCUUCAGAUGAAUGUUGCCAUCAGAUACUUGAUGCCAUACCCAAAGAUGAUGAUAUAAAAUACCUGGUACAAAAUGCUGCAGUAGGAGUACCAGCAAAGCUUCUUGAAAUUGUAGAAGAAGAUUUUGAGUAUGCAAUGAAAGUUAAUGUCACAGCCCCUUUAUCACUAACGAAGGGUCUUUUCGAAAGACUGAAUAAUGCUAACGGACGAAUUAUUCAUCUAGGGACUGGAGUAGCAUUCAGGCCUCAGCUUGGAACGACAACCUAUGGAGUAACCAAGAUGGCCUUCUAUCGCUUGUAUAAGCAACUCCAAGUGGAACUCCAGGAUACAAAUGUCAAAAUUGCAAAUAUUCAUCCAGGAGUUGUAGAUACAGAAGGCUUAUGUGAGCAUAUAAAACAUGCCACAACAAAAGGCCUUCCACAUGUGGAGUACUUUAAAAAAGUUCAACAAGAGGGAAAAAUCCUUUCUUCUUUAGAUGUUGCAAAAUUUAUUAGAUUUGUGCUCUUAGAGACAUCUGAUAAUGAAUUUUCAAAGGACUGGAGUGUCAAUGAUGAGUCUUUUUGGCCAAACUGGAAGAAAUCUGGCUAA